CAGACAUCAGCCAGUAUUCAGUAACAUAAAUUUCAAAUGAUAAUACGAACCAAGACGACAAUAAAUUAAUAAGCAAUAAUUCAAGCUGUAUCAAAGAGAAAAAAUUUAAAUCCUGUUGAAAUAAACGUAUACGUUUUCAGAAUUAAUUAUGUUAUCACGAAUGUGUAUCGGUCGCUCGGCGUUCAAUGUAACGCAGAGUCUAAAAUCGCCAGUACCACAAAAUUUUGUACCGAGAAACUAUGUGGUCAGAAAUUAUGCACGAGAACCUCGAACAAGGGUCGCUACACGCUCACAACCCACACUUCGGGAGAGACUCAUGGCACCUGCUGGACCAAAUGCAUUCAGCUUGGGCAAGGGUGCAUUAGCUGGAGCCUCUGCAGUUGGACUAGUUGCUCUGUGCUACUAUGGCUCUGGGGUAAAACCAGGUACUCUUCAGGAAUCUCACCUUUGGCCACAAUAUGUGAAAGAUCGUAUAAAAACAACAUAUGGAUACAUCGCGGGUUCUUUGGUGCUGACUGCUGGUAGUGCAGUUGCUGUUUUCAGAACACCCGCACUUCUAAAUUUGGUAGCAAGAAAUGGAUGGAUGUCCAUUAUUGUAACAUUGGGUCUGAUGAUUGGUUCUGGCAUGGUAGUAAGAGGAAUGGAGUACACACCUGGAUUUGGGGCUAAACAAUUAGCAUGGAUGGCGCACACUGGUAUUAUGGGAGCUGUCAUUGCUCCAAUUUGCUUCCUUGGUGGCCCAAUCCUGAUGCGUGCAGCUUGGUACACUGCUGGUGUAGUUGGUGGUCUGAGUACAAUUGCAGUGUGUGCACCAUCUGGAGAGUUCUUGAACAUGCGUGCUCCACUUGCUAUGGGUCUAGGAGCUGUGUUUGCUGCCUCUCUGGCUGGAAUGUUCCUACCACCUACUAGUGCUCUUGGUGCAGGAUUGUAUUCACUAAGUUUGUAUGGUGGCUUAAUUGUAUUUGGCGGAUUUUUGUUAUACGAUACGCAAUCUAUUAUUAAACGCGCCGAGAUGCAUCCACCCUACGGAUUCAAACCAUAUGACCCAAUCAAUUCGGCCAUAUCUGUUUAUCUGGAUGUUCUGAAUAUAUUCAUGAGAAUUGCCAUGAUCUUGUCUGGAGCUGGUGGCAACAGGAGGAAGUAAACGAAAAAUAACUAUUGGAUUAGAGGCAUUAUGUUGGCCAUCUCUAGUAUUACUAGACAUACUGAAAAUGUAGUGAUACCAAACAUAUUUGUAAAACUAUAUAAUAUGUAAAAAAAAUCUGUAUUUUCUGCUUCCUACUCGAUUUCAUGUGAUAAUGUUUGUGUAGACUAAGGUUGUAAAAUAUAUUAUGGUUUAAUAAAUUAAAAAGUGCA